CGUCAACCUAAACACAUAUACGUUCAUGAUAGAAGACGACGACCGGGAAGAAACAGAAACAAAACCCACUGAAUAUGUUGUCAUCUCCGGUCGGACUCCUGAGAGACAUUGAUAGAAGUUCAUGUUACCCACUCGUACUGCAAACCUCCGCUCAUAUUACGACAGUCCAGGAUUCAUCACCCACUUCAUUCGCGCGAGCAAAACCGUUGGCCAACUGAAACAAACCCACACCGUCUUACUCAAAACCCUAAUUAAGACCCACCAUUACAACCACCUCUUAACUAGGUUUCUCAUCCAACUCCUCCAGUUUCCCGGUGACAACCUCAGCUACGCAUGCCUCCUGUUCGAUCAAAUACCCCACUGUAAAAGCCAGUUCCUUUGGACCUCCCUAAUUCGCUCCCAUGUCUUCCACGAUCAUUUUAGCCGAUCCCUCUCUAUUUACGCUAGAAUGCACCGGGUGGGUAUCUCGCCAACUGGGUUCACCUUCUCUUCGGUGCUAAAUGCUUCCGCUCGCAUCCCGGAAAUCUCUGCAGGAAAACAGAUCCAUGCUAGAGUUUUGCGAUCGGGUUUCUUGGGAAACAAGUUCGUACAAACUGCGCUUCUUGAUGUGUAUGCGAAAAGUGGGUUCAUCUCGUGCGCGCGGGAUUUGUUCGAUAAAAUGGAUGAUAAAGAUGUUGUGACUUGGACGGCCAUGAUAUGUGGGUAUACGAAGGUGGGUAUGAUGGAUGAGGCUCGGUUGUUGUUUGAUAAUAUGGGGCAACGCAAUGAAGUUUCUUGGACCACAAUGGUGGCUGGGUACGCAAAUUAUGGUGACAUGAAUGCAGCCAGGAAACUGUAUGAUAGCAUGCAAGAGAAAAAUCCGGUAGCAUCGAUUGCAAUGAUAGCUGGCUAUGGGAAAUGCGGCAAUGUAGUCGAGUCCCAAAAAAUGUUUGAUGAGAUAACGGUGCCAGGUGUGUCAUGUUGGGCAGCAAUGGUGGCUUGUUAUGCACAGAAUGGAUAUGCUACAGAAGCCAUUGAAAUGUAUAAGAAAAUGAAGGAAGAGAAUGUAAAAAUCAAUGAGGUGGCGAUGGUGGGGGCUAUCUCAGCGUGUACGCAAUUAAGUGACAUUGAAAUGGCGAACAUAUUAGCCAAGCAUAUGGAGGAAGGGUGCUGCAAUCGGACACUCUUUGUAUCCAACGCAUUCAUCCACAUGCAUUCAAAAUUUGGAAGGAUAGACAAAGCAAGGGAUGAAUUUAACAGAAUGAGCGACAGAGAUGUGAUAUCUUACAGUGCAUUGCUCACAGCCCUUGCUGACCAUGGGAAGGCCCAAGAAGCUUUGGAUGUUUUUUCAGAGAUGCAGAAAGAAGGAAUAAAGCCAAAUCAGGUCACAUUUAUUAGUGUCCUCAAUACAUGUAGCCAUGCAGGACUAAUUGAAGAAGGGUGCAAGUAUUUUAAGCUGAUGACUGAAGUGUAUUCCAUUGAGCCAUUAAAUGAGCACUAUGCUUGCAUGGUUGACCUCCUUGGAAGGGCCGGGCAGCUUGAAAAGGCAUAUAAUCUUAUAGCGGGCAAUGUAGGUAAUGCGGAUGCAACUAUUUGGGGUGCAUUUUUAUCAGCGUGUAAGGUUCAUGGUAAUGCUGAAUUGGGUGAGAUUGCAGCCAGGCAUCUGUUUGAAAUAGAGCGCGAAAAUACAGGAAAUUAUGUGCUUUUGGCAAAUACUUAUGCAUCAAUGAAUAAAUGGGAUGAUGCAGAGAGACUGAGGCAGAUGAUGAGGGAAAAAGAAAUGAGAAAAAUUCCUGGGUGUAGCUGGAUUUAGAAACUUCCUGCAAACUUAUGGUAUCAAUAUAAUGAAACAUGUGAAGUGUCUUUACCAA